AUGAAAACCGUCGUCUUUUUGGUCCUGCAAGAGUCAGCCCAUGGCUACAGAUACCCAUUCCAAGGUGGUUUUCUCCAACGUGAGUUCAACCUGCCCCACUACAUCAUUGGUCGAAAAGAGGUUCAAAAGAAGCUCCAGCAACACGAGGAUGGAAUCUUUGUCAUCAAAGAAAACAACCGUUUGAAGGCCCACAGACAGUUUAUUCAUGAAGCCACCAAGGACAUCGAUUGUACUGUUAUUGCGUAUAUCCAGCAAGACGGUGAAGCUGAAAGCCUGACAGCGGCGAAGGCGAUGAAGCUGGGUGAUGAAGAGAAGGUUGCCUCCGUGGAAGAGUUUCAAAAGAAGAUUGAGUUUCGUCUGGUGGACGAAGUGGGCUCAGAAGAUGGGUUUGAGGAUUUGGGAGAAGCAGAGUCUGAAGUGCUGGAAGAAGAAAAGCAGGAGUCUGAGGCAACCAAAGCUGAAGCUGGUGCUUUGAAAGAACAGAAGGAAAAGCUGCAUUUCGAGCCCUUUGACUUGAACAAUGUCGAGGAUAGGCAUUUUAAGCUGGCCAGGAUAUACGAACAGCCAAGAGUUCCUUCCCGCCUAUUGAAGAAGUUUCCUGACGAGUUCGAAAUGGACCAUAAUGAAAUUGUGUAUUAUUGCCUGAACUUAGCAAUCAUGGAGCCUCCUCCUUUUGGUCCCGCUGCUGAUUUAGAUGUUUCGGAAGCUUUGAAAGCUGCUCAGCAAAUCAUAUUCUUUGUGGCACUAUUUAGGAAAUUUGCCGAACCCGAAAGCGAGAGAUGCUUUUUUCAAAGUUAG